AUGCCCGUGCCGGAAAGGCCGACAGUGGCCCGGCCGAGCAACCAGUACAUUGCGCGCACUCGCAAGAGCGAGAAUGUCAAACUCAACGUGAACACGCUCCCCUCGUCGUACGACUCCAUUCAGUCGACACGUGAACUCGACAAGGUGUGCGCCCCGACUGACGUCGGGUGCGGCUUCUGGUGCUCGGGCAUGCUCUUUUACCUCCUGAUGGGCAUGGUGCUGGCCGUGCCCGUCUACCUCGCGAUCAUUCUCGGCUCGGUCGCGGUGGCCCUCUGCACGCUGCUCUCGGCGCCCGCCUGCCUCGGCCUUGUGGUGUGGUUCCGCUCUCUCGAGCCCAAGGGCGACCCGUACUGGGCCUUCCUGCUGAUGCUCCAGCGCACGAACUUGGCCCAGAAGCUGAUGGCCCCUACUACCGCGCGCCAGGACUUUCCAGUCGACUGCAUGCGCCCCAAACGCACGCUGCGCAAAGUGGACAUCCCGUUCACUGGUGGUCUCUACGCGCCGGUGGAGAACGAAGAGGAGUUCAUGCCUGAGAGCGGCGCUUUGUUCCCGGGGCUGAACUGGACGCCCGCCGACCUGCUCAGCGGGGCUCGCAUCCUCUUCCUCCCCUUCGAUGGCCGCUGGGGCACGCCCACUUCCUUUGAGCCGGGAGUGAACCCGGUCGCGUUUGCAAUGAAACUGGUCGGCUCCGUUUACCCGACCAUCGUGCAGGACUGGUCAGCGGAGGAGAAGCAGUCGGACGAGGGCCUCGCGCGCUUUUGCCGCGACGGGAUCGGCGCGCACCGCGUCGAACGGGUGCCGGACGGCCACCCCGACGCGGAGUACGGCUACUUUGUGCUGCGCACCAAUGCGCUCGCGGCGUACGAGACGCGGCCCGGUCUCGCCACGUACGGAGGCGACAUCUACUUUGACAGCGAGUGGAAGGUGACGUGCAUCGUGCGCGCCGAGCGAGACCCCGACGCCGAAUGGUGGCGCCCGCCUGCGCUCAAGGUGUACCGCCCUGGCUCGGCCGCCUGGGUAUAUGCCAAGUUCUGCGCCCGCUCGUCGGUUCUGUCGCUCGUCACGAUGAUCGAUCACCUCUACAACUGCCACUGGCACCAGGCCAACACUAUCACGAUCGCCACGCGCGAGCAGCUCUCCCCGACGCAUCCGGUCCGCCGCUUCCUCGUCCCCUUCCAGUUCUUCACCAUCUCCAUCAAUAAGCAAGCCGUCAGCGGCCUCGCCGCGUGGAUGUCGACCGUGCCGCGCCUGUUUGCCUUCACAAGACAGGGCCUCGCCUCCGCCUACGCCGACGCGCCCGCCGCCGUCUCAAACGACGAGGACGAACGCUUUGGCGCGGGGGAGGUGCUCCGCCAGCGCGCCCAGACGCUCAACACGCCGUACCACGUCUACGCUUGCCGCUACUACGAGGCGGUCGAGGUCUUUGUGACGCAGUACCUCGACACGUUUUACCCGUCGGCCGAGGCGAUGGAGGCGGACGCGGAACUCGCCGGCUUUCUCGAGCAGCUGGUGGCAAUGAGGAACAUGGAGGCGCGGCACGGCGCGACCGACAAGCUCGACCUGGCCGGCUUGUCCGCCGCCGAGAAGCGGCGCGUCGUGCUCAACGUGCUGAGCAGCUUCGUCUUCCACGUGACGAUGCUGCACGAGCAGGUUGGUUCGGUGCAGGUCUACGUGCAGGACGUGUCGUGGGCCUCGUUCCACUGGAAGGAGGACGAGACCAUCGGCACCAAGGAGGCGGCGUACGGCGGCGCGAUUCUGAUGGCCCUCACCUCGACCCCCAUGCCAAAGCUCAUGGUGACGCCCGGAGGGCCGAGAGACUGGACGUUCCUAUUCCCCGCGGAGGGCGACACUCUCAAGGCGUUGCAAGGCGGGUUUGCUGACUUCCAGAGCAAGCUCGUCCGUCUCGCUAGCGAUGUCGAAGAGCACAACAAGGUCCGUCCGCACGAAGCCGUGUUCACCGUGAACCCGCGCUACCUCGAGACCUCAGUGUCGGUAUGA